CUGAACGCGCACGUUAACUCUUUAGUGGACGCGCUCGUCACACAAGAUGGCGGCGGUUUAAACCGUGGACGCGGUGACCGUUAUAACGAUCCAUUCCUAGCGCCGCCGCGUGCAGCAUGGAGGGCACAGCCGCAGGAGAGAACGGGAAAAUCAGCGGCGGCGGCUCCGUGACUGAAGGUGAGAGACAUUACUACAAGACUGCCAGUGAGAGAGACGCUCAGUCAGUGGAGAGACAUCCCCUCAUAACGGAGAGGAGAGACCAGGGAGAUGAGGGCUCUGUGGAGACACAUGGCCUGGGCAGGAGACAUGGCCCAGACUCCUCUAAAGACGAGACGGCCCGGAGUGGUUAUGAGAGGGCUUGGCAUGCCUUGUCAGGCUAUGAGAGGGCUCCGUCCCCCACCUCCAUGUAUGACGGUGCCCCCCACCCAAUUUCAGACUACGAGCGGCUGCCGGUGGACCGGGCUCACACCAUGAAGGACUUCGAAAAACAGAUCACGGAUCUGAAGAAGGAGAACUUCAACCUGAAGCUCCGCAUCUACUUCUUGGAGGAGCAGGUGCAGCGGCAGUACGAGACCAGCAGCGACGAGCUCCACCGCAUGAACAUCGAGCUCAAGGUGGAGGUGGAGAGCCUCAAGCAUGACUUCCAGGAGAAGCACAACCUGCUGGUCCGAGCCUCCAAGGCCAUGGAGGGUCUGGCCGGUGAACACGACCUGACCGUCCAGCGCUUACAGGAAGAGCACCUCCGACGCCUGCAGGACAUGGAAGGAGCCCACAGCCAUGCCGUCCAUCUGCUGGAAAACCAAAUACAGCACGAGAAAGCAGAGCUGGAAAAGAUGUGUGUGCUGCUCGACCAGGAGCGGAUGCAGUGGUUCACCACUGAGGAAAGACUGCUGUCGGUCAAUGAGCAGUAUACCAAGAGCAUGAAGAUCCUGGAGGAGAGAGACUGGAUUAUACAAUGUCUAAACGAGACCGUACACUCCAAAGACGCUCUCAUAGCCCAGCUGGAGAAGCAGAUUGCCUCCAUGAUGAAGAGUGAAGCAUCCAGUGACCAGCCUGGGAAGAACGCAAGUAACCUGUACCGGGAGAGUGAAGGUUUAUUAGAACCAACAUGUAAUGGAGACAGGGUGGAUGGUAAAGAAGAGAACGUUAACGAGUGGCAGAGAAAGGUCAAAGAGAUGGGUAAUCUGAUCAAUGAGCUCCAGCAAAAGCUCGAAGCCAAUAAAGCCGGGUUUGCUGCAGAAGAGAAAAACUCCAUAAAAAGGGAUAAAGCUAUUCAAGGCCUGACCCUGGCCCUGAAGAAGAAAACCAAAGAGAACGACAAACUCCUGAAUGAAAUUGAUAAUCUUAAUGCCACUUUAGCUAAAGCACGAGACGUCGCCCAAGAGGUCCAGCUGCAAAGUGUCAAAGAAAAUGUUCAUCCCGAUUACAAGAAAUUGAUAUUCACACUUCAGGCUGAACAGGACAUGUAUAGCAGGCUACUGAAAUACGAGAGAGAGUCAGGAGGUCUCCAGAAAGAGAGGGAAGCCAUUGCUAUGCUACAGAGGUGGCUGGAGGAGAAUAUACAGGCUAACCAGGAACUCCGAAAGAUAAUGGAAGCUCAAAUCAUGGCCAAAUAUAAAGGAGAUGACAGCAUGUCUUUUCUUGGAGAUCAGACCUCGUAUUUAAGCAUUUGUCUUGAUCCCUUAGACCAAAAUGAGUAUUAUUUUGCUAGAGGUCUUUAUGGAAGAGACAUAUCUAAGAACAUAGACAUUCUUAGAGAAGAAGCUGGAACCCAAACACAAAGUGAAGUUUCAGCUUUGGCUGGAGAAAGUUCUAAACAUCAUCUGGACUAUAAGUCAGACUUGUCACUCAAUGAGAGGAGCACAAUCAAGGGAGAGAGUGGAGGGAAUGAUGGCACCCCAAUCAAAAACAGACAACACACAGUCUCUUCUGCUACGCAGACUGAUCCGGGGGCCUUCAUUGAAAAAUGCAUUGCUGUCAAUGUUAAUAGUUUUCCAAAAGACAAUUCCGAAUUGUUGUGGACCCUUCAAGAUGGAGAACUUAACCUCCUAUCACAGAGACUUCCCCAGAAAUUAAGUUAUAGCCCCUGUGAAAUCAAUAGACAUAAACAAGGAGAGGUUUAUAACCUCACCCAAAAUGCUAAGAAAUCCAGGCUUCCAGUUCUGGUAAAAUCUUCCCUGAAUACAAAGCCCAAGACUCAGGUUGCACUGACCCCUGCCAAUGAAAAUGAUCAAAGUUGUCCUGAGGAGUUACAGAUGGAAAACCGAAAACGGAAAAAGAUGAAAGUUGAGGCAUAUAAUGAAAAUAGAGACUUGGUGAAUGAGAACGCAAUACUUGACCGAAAUAACCCAGGCCAGGAGCAGAGGGAUCCUGCAGAGACAGCUGAACACACAGAUUUGAUGCGAGCAGAAUGUGAGAUAACGACACUUAAAGAAAAAAGAGAAAUGUUGAAAUGUAUGGAAUCUGAGUUGCAUAACUCCAAGCAGAGAGAGUCUACAGAAGAAGCCUUCAAAGAACUACAAGCAGAGAAUUACCGGCUGUCUAAAGAGCUAACACAGGCAGAAAAGAAGAUUGAGACACUCGAAGCUAAUGAUGGCUUUAAACGUGAGGACCCUGUCCCUGAUGUAUCAAUCUCCAACAAGGUGCAUAUGGAGUCUACAGACCAAGAGCUACAGGAGGAGAAUUAUCGGCUCUCUGAACAGCUAAAACUGGCACAAAUAGAGAUCAAGACACUUAAGGCCAAUGAAAACUUGAUAAAACAUAAGGAUCCUGUGUACGAUGUAUCAAGCUCCAACCAGGUGCAUGUGGAGUCUAUAGACCUGGCUUUGCAGAAAGAGCUAAAUGUAGAAAAUCACAGCCUCUCAGAACAUUUAGAAAAAGCAAAAAUAAAGAUCGAGACAAUUAAAGCCAGUGAAGAAUUAUGGAGAUGUAAAUCCUCUGAACGUGACCUAAAUGGCUCUACAGAUGAGCAGGGAAGGUCACCAGAACAAACCCUACAGAAAGAACCACCGGUGGAGAUUUUCCAGCGUUCAGAACAGCUAAAACGAGCACAAGUGAAGACACUUGCAGCAAAUGAAUUGAGAGAACACACGGAUGCUGUUCCUAAGUUAGCUCACUCCUUCAAAGACCAGAUGGAGUUUACAGAUCAAACUCUACAGAAGGAGCUACAGGCAGAGAACCACUGGCUCUCCGAACAGCUAAAAAACGCACAAAUGGAGAUCAAGAAGCUCAAAGCAGAUGCAGCAUUGAUAAGCAGUAAGGAUAUUGUGCCUGAUACAUCAGGUUUCAAGGUACAGUUGGAGUCUACAGACCAAUCUUUAGAGAAAGAGCUACAGGCAGAGAAUUACCGGCUCUCUGAACAGCUAAAACAAGCACAGAUGAAGAUUAAUCAACUCCAAGAAGAACAAAGGUCGACCGGCAGCAGCAAUGACUCCUUGAAGCUUCACGGUUCAGAUGCAGAUGAUGAUCUUUCUGAACAAUCCUUUUUAGAUAAAACCAUCACUAACUCUGUCAACGUUAGCAAGGUCGAUGCCACGUCAGAUUUUGGUGAUGAAGUUUGUAGGCCUAAUGUACAUAGUCAGAAUGCUGUUGCACUACGCUGUCAUCAUGAUAAUCACUGUGGGGAGUGUGCCAACAAUAGAGGAAUUCUUUCACUGCCAACUUCAGAUUCUAAAAGGGCAUCCACCAUGCACACGUCUCCUCAGUUUUCUAAAGUGUCCUCAGGAAGGUCAUUUGAAGACACCACAUCUCUUUCAAAAUACAAUUUAUUAGUGCAGUCUCAAGCACGAGAGCUGUCACUUCAGAGACAGAAAAUUAAGGAGAGUCACAACCUAAGUGUUGUAUGUUCAAAGAAUUUCUACAACAUUCUGAAUACUUUUGAGAACCUGAUCCCAGCCAGCGCCUUGGACUCGAAUAUCACUCUGGGAUUUCAGGAGCAGAUCACUCAGACUGUAGAUUGGCUGAAAGAGCUGGAGUACAAACUCAGUGAUGCCCUCUAUGGGGAGGAAGAUGCUUACAGCGACCAUUCUGUUGACAGCUUGCUGCACACCCCAUCGCGCUUGGUCCCUGGACAUCGAAUGUGGGCAGACAAGCAUGGAUGCCAUGUGCUGGGCUUAGUAGAAGACUACAAUGCUUUACGUAAACAAAUUUUGGAAGCAAGAAAUGUCCUACAGGAAAUGGAGGCUUUAAUCGACGUUGGGGUAGAGACUGCAGUUCUCAAUAUGACGGAGCAUUUUGGGAAUAUAUUUUUUGAGAAACUUACAAAAACAAAGCAGUCACUGGAGGAUGCCGGGUGUUUGAUGAAGCUGUUGUGGAGAGUCUCCUUACCCAUACAGAUUCACAGCCCAUACAGCAUUAACCAAGAAGAAGAGGCAAACCUGGAGAUCAUUCGGCUUCGUAAGAGGGUUUUAGAGCAAGAGAAGUUGUUAUCUGGCAUGGUCAAGAGAGUCUACUCCGAGAACCAGAUGAAGGAGGACAUUGAGAAACUCAUUCUAAACCAGUUGGCCAUGACCCAUGAUAUUUUAAAGAGAGCCAAAGGCAAUUUAGAGGUUCAAGUGGUUGAUAAACACCACUGAUUAGCCAGAUAUGACUUCUGGAGGCCAUCUGUAUGGGUUUGUAUGUAUAGCUACAUAUACUGCCAUAUUGUUGCAUUAUUAUAUGUAAACCUGCUUGGUAGUGGCUCAUAGGUUUUUAUAAUUUUAUAGUCUAUGCCCAUAAUGGCUAACCUCCGGCACUCCAGCUGUGGUACGACUCCCAGCAUGCUCCAUUCAUUUCUAUAGAGUUCUGAGAACAGCCAAACAAGUGUGCCUCUUGGGAGUCGUAGUUUUACCACAGCUGGAGUGCCGGAGGUUAGCCAUCACAGGUCUAUGCUGUUUCUUCCUUGUAAUAUAUUUUACCUGUUAAGUUCCUUGUAAAGUUUUAAGUUAAUGGAAUCUGUAUAUGAAAUAAGUGGAAUCCUGAAGGACCCUUGUGCAGCCGUGUUUUCUGCUUUCAUUUUGCAUUGCAGUUCCUACAAGUGUCCACUAGAUGGCAGCACAUACAUGUUACUGGUGAUGUACAGCAUAGGAAGGUGUCUGUCCAUUGCUGCAGUUAUAAUACUAGAGGAGGUUAGAUGGUGAAAGUGUCGCCCGCGGCCGUACCAGUGUGUUCUCCGUGCACCGUCAUGGAUGCAUGAUGUGGUUAUUAUUAUUUAAAAGUGCCAAUAAUUAAUAUAGAAAUACAAGAAACCAUUAAGGCUGGUACAAAGGGAGAGAGCAUCCUACCCGCAAGAGCUUGCAAUCUUAUUUAUUCCUUCUCAGAUUCACACAUUUAGAUCAUGAAGGAAGGAAAAGUACUUGAUAGCUUUUCUAUUUUUCAUUUAUAAAGCUGCAUUGGCCUUAAAGGGCUUCUUCAAGAUGGCCAGGCUGGGUGCAAAUAUAUAUAUAUAUAUAUAUAUAUAUAUAUAUAUAUAUAUAUAUAAAUAAGACUAACCUGGCACUCCGGAUCCAGGGCUAAUCUCCCUUCUCCUCCGUGUCCGGUCUGGAGGUGUCACGUGCCGGCAGCACAGAUGAGCGCCCACAUCCACUCCAGUGGGGACUGGAAGCAGAAAGUUGUGCUGGAUCUGGAGCACUGGUGACAGGGGACCCUGCCUGUCCAUCUGAAAAGGGGCUCCCGAUCUUGGAGAACCCCUUUAAAGGGAAUCUCCAACUCCUAAAACCAUAUUUUGUUAGAUCCAACCCUCUUUAUAGCGGCUGGAGCUCAGUGUUUUCUGAGACAGAGCUCCAGAUCCUCUACCUAGUCAGAGAAAGAUUGCCUGUCACCACCCCAUAAUUGUGUUACCUUAAAGGGGUUGUCCAGCCUUUAGACUUUUUAAAGGGGUUUUCCGAGUGUAAAAUAUUGAUGCACCAUUUUCAGGUUCAGUCAUCAGUAUUUUAGUUCUGGAAAACUCUUUUCAAUAAAAGUAGCAAGCUAGGUCAUCAAUAUUUGAUCUGUGGGGGUCUGAAUCCCGGCACCCUGGGCGAUCAGCUGUCUGAGAGGGCCGCAGUCCUUGGGAGUCAGACCCCCACUGACCGGAUAUUGAUGACUCCUCAUGAGGAUCCGGAAACCCUUUUAAAUGUCAGCAGAUUGUUGUACCUGUUGAAAAUAAAUGCUUUUCCAGCUCCCUUCUGCGGUCUUCUGGUCCCAAACCUGUGAAGUUCUGGACAGAGAGGAUCUCAUGUACUGCUGCAGCCAAUGCCUGGCCUCAAUGGUGAGACGUCUUCUACUGAUGUUUCUAAAAAGCCGGAUAAACCCUGUACGGAGGA